GCGAACGACUCGUUGGAGUUAUCAGUAUAUUCGGACAGCAUAAAGAUGGACUUAUUUUUUGUGUUUCAUGAUGAAGAGUAUGAUUGGGUUGGCGGUAUGAUCGUGUAUAAGAAGCAGAAGUUAAGAUGGAUAUAUCCACGCAUCGAUAAGCUUUGUGUUGGUGAUUUGUACGGUCAUUUAUUUCAUGUUCCGUGUAAUGUCGAACAAGUUCUCGAGGUUUAA